CUCUUGCCAUCAGCAAAUCAUAAACAAAUCUCAGCCUUUCAGAUCUAAACGAGAAAGAAAAAAGAAAUCUCAAAAAGAAAAUUCAUCUGAAAUUCACUACCAAACAAAAUCAAAUUAUUUUUAAAAUUAGGGUUAGGGUUUGGGUUUGGGUUUCAAUUUAGGAUUUCACAUAUUCAAUGAACGAUCAGCAAACACAGAUGAUGAUGAAUCAAGCUCAGAUCAUGAAUCAACCGCCUCCGCCUCCGCCGCCGCAGGUGAUGAAUCAGCCGCCUCAAUUGCCGAUUCAGUCCCAGUCUUUGAUCUUGAAUCGUGGCUACGUCGGUAAUAGUAAUAAUAAUCUUAGUAAUAAUAAUCUUAGUAAUAAUAAUAAUACUAAUAAACUGAAGCCAUGGCAGACUUUGCAGCAAAACCCUACCAAGAUUGGUAAUUAUGGUAUGUCUAAACCGAGGAUUAAUAAUAAUAAUAACAAUUGGAAGGGGAAGAAGAUGAAACAUAGUGUUGGUCAGGGUAGUAACCAGGGGUACAACCCUCCAACGCUUCAUGAAUUGCAGUCUCAGAACCGUCAAAAGACAAGGAAGUUUUACCCCAAUAAGAAGAAGUUUAAUAAUAACGGUAAUAAUAACAAUAGGUUUGCCCCAUAUGCUCCGCGUAAUACUACUUCUUUUAUUAUUAGAGCCAAGAAGUCUGGUGGAAUCGCUUCCUUGGUUUCUCCUUGCCCUGUGACGCCAGCAGUCUUGCCAACUCCGAUAUUUUCACCUUCAAGAGAGGUGUUGGGUGACAUGGCAAAAGAACAGUGGGGAGUUGAUGGGUAUGGUUCAAUGAAGGGUUUGAUAAGGUUAAGAUCUGGAAAUGAACUUGAGAAUGAGCAUGAUGAGGAAGAUGAUGAUGAUGCUAAUGGGUCCAGUGAGAGUGAUGUAGAGGAGCAUAUUGAAGUUGAGAGGAGAUUAGAUCAUGAUUUGAGUCGUUUUGAAAUGAUAUAUCCGAAUUAUACUCGUAGCAUUGCAGGAGGAGAUUAUAAUAAUGUUUUGGAGAAUAGAGUGGAUGAUCAGGAUAGUCAUAUUGCCCAAUUGGAGGAGGAGAACUUGACUUUGAAAGAGAGGUUGUUUUUGAUGGAGAGAGAGAUGACUGAUAUGAGGAGAAGGUUGCUGUUUCUCGAGAGACAGAAUAAUAAUCAUCGAAGUGGUGUGGGUGGGGAAGAUGUUAAUGAGGAGGUGGUGGAAAAUGGGUCGGAGAAUGAGAGUGAAAAUGGGUCGGAUGUUCGUGAGUGUAAAGAAGACAAUAAUGAAGAUGUUUGUGUGGAAGAGUUUGUACCUGAUGACAUGAAGAAAGAAGAAAAAGAUGGAAAAAAAAUUAAGAAUGAGUUUGUUAAUGAAGCCUUGAUAGCAGAAGAGGAUGAUCCAAAAAAGGUGGAAAAAUUGGAUGAUGAAAUGGAUGCAGAGGAUGAAUUUAAGAGAGCAGAAAAACAAGAAGCUGGGAAUGGAAUUCAAGAAAAGGGCACAGAUGAGCAAGCAUGUUAAGAAGAGCAUUGAUGGGGACUACUUUGUUUGUUCUGCCAGUAUAUAUCCUGGUUUUGAUAGUAAUUUGGGAAUGUUUUGUGCAGCUUAUGGAUAUAUGGCGUCUAUGUAGAUGUAACAUAGCUCCUGCUUUGUUUUUCUUUCGUCUCUUGUUUGUCUUACAGGGAAAGAGAGGAAGGCUGGACUGGUUCUCCAUUCUUUACUCUUUUUGACUUAGGUAGUGGGUAGGCCUAGUUUCUUUCGUUCUCUCCUUUACUUUCUGGGUUUAGUUUUCUUUCUGCUAGGAUAGUUGAGUUUUCUGUUGGAGACAUAUAUCUGUAUGCCUGUUGAAAUGUACAAGGUAAAUCAAUGGACUGUUGUGUACCUGAAUUUCUUUUGCUUAAUAUCAUCAAGAUCUUUUCAAUGUA